UACUUAGUGCAGUUAGGAGCUGAACUCGAUGGUUAUAAACUGUCCUCGGUAUUGUACCUGUGAUCAAACAGUGAUCAUGCCAGUGUGUAACAUUUUAACUAAUUUACAUUUUCAGGUCCCUUGAUCCUUAUCGGCAACUUAUUCUCAUGACCAUUCAAUCAUUAUUGUCCUAACAAUAACUGAAAGACAUGGCAGCAAACAAAAUAAACAAUUUGAAAUGUGUUUUGCCAGAAACAAAUUAUAAGCCAAGACCACUGCCAGAUGAACUCAAAUCUUUGCCUGACAGAGUUUCUGCUGCGCUAAGAGACAAAACAAUCUUUAUCACUGGAGGAUCUGGAUUUCUGGGAAAAGUUUUAAUAGAAAAAAUUCUAAGGAAAACUCCAGAUGUGAAGAAAAUAUAUAUUCUGCUUAGAGCCAAAAAAGGCAAAGAGCCUCGACAAAGAAUAGAUGACAUUUUCUCAUCUCCACUAUUUGAUAUGCUCAAAUCAAUGCGAGGAACAGAGAUUAUAUCUCGUGUGGAACCUAUCAAUGGUGACGUGACACUACCCAACCUUGGAAUUUCACCUGAGGAUAGGGAAACUCUGUGCAAAGAGGUGGAGAUCGUAUACCAUGGAGCGGCAACCAUAAGGUUUGAUGAACCUUUGCAUAAAGCUGUUCUUUUAAAUACUCGGGGAACCAAAUACAUGCUGGACUUGGCAAAGGAGAUGAAGAAACUUCAGUUGUUUGUUCAUAUUUCAACUUCCUAUUGCCACUUACAAGAGAAAGUACUGUAUGAGAAAGCUUACCCACCUCCUGCAGACCCUCACAAAAUAAUCCGUGCAUGUGAACUCUUGGAAGAAGAUUUGAUUGAAAAGAUUUCUAAAAGGCUUUUAGGCCACUUUCCGAAUUCAUAUGCCUACACCAAGUGCCUCUCAGAGGGGUUAGUGGUAGAAGCUACUGAGAAUGGCCUGCCUACAAUCAUCCUGCGGCCUUCAAUAGUGAUCCCUAUUUGGAUAGAACCGUUACCUGGUUGGACAGACAACAUUAACGGGCCAACAGGACUUCUGAUUGGUGCUGGUAAAGGUGUGAUUCGAACAAUGUACUGUAACAAUCAAGGCUAUGCAGACUACCUGCCUGUAGAUAUUGCAGUCAAUGGAAUCAUCCUCUCCACUUGGAAUUAUCUUGGAAGAGGGGAUACAGAGCACAAGAUCGCACACCUCACCUCUAGCAUGGAGUGGCAAGUAAGCUGGCAGGAGAUUAUUGACCUUGGGAAAGAGAUAGUUUCUGAGAAGAUCCCACUCAACAACUGUGUGUGGUAUCCUGGGGGAAGUAUGAAGCGAUCAAAGCUGUUGCACCAAAUCUGUGUCAUAUUCUUUCACAUGAUUCCUGCCUACUUUCUGGACACCAUUAUUUUCCUCUCUGGCAACAAGCCGGUACUGUGCCGUGUACAAGAAAGGAUCAACAAGGGAUUUGAAGUUUUCGAGUACUAUGCUAACAAUCAAUGGGAAUUCAAAAAUGAACAUGUACACUUGCUGAGGAAAGUAAUGAACAAGCGGGAAAGAUUUGAGUACAAGGUUGAUGGGGAAGAUAUGGACUUGAGAAAAUAUUUUGAGGAUUGUAUUUUGUCUACAAGACUGUACAUUCUGAAAGAGAUGCCAGACACUCUACCUGCAGCUCGCAAGCAUAUGCGCAUGAUGUAUUGGGUGGACGUGAUCGCAAAGCUGAUGUUUUUUGCCUUCAUGUUUUGGUGCUUCACUUCAUGGACAGGCCCACUCAUAGCCAUUGUCUCACAGUUCUUCCACUUUCUGACCUCUCUCUUCUCUUCAGAAUAUAGUGCUAGUAGUGAAAAUGUUUCUAUCAAAGACUUGUAAAGGACCCAUUAAGCUAUCUUUAGUGGACCCUAAGUAUUUUUACCUACAGGCUAAUGUUAAGUUUCAACUAUCUUUAAUAUUUUCUAAGUGCAAUGAUUUUUUGUAAAUGUUAAGUUAAACUGAAUAUCAAACUAAAUUUUCCUAGAAGACUCAGAAGAAUAUUACAUUAUAGUUAAUACUAUAUAGCUACUAUAGUUAAUACUAUAAGUCUAGUCUAGACUUUGAAAAUACUUUUAAGUAUCAUGUUGUACUGUGUUCUGCUUAUUAUGCUUUCUACUGAUAAAAAACAGGAAAUAAAAUUAAUACAAAAUAUUUUAAAUGAUUACAAAUAAAUAUUAAUUCUUCUAAAAUCUUGAAUAAAAUCAAGAUCAAAUCAUUAAGUAAUACUUGUACUGUCGCUAGUAACAGUGCAUUAGGGCUUUCACAUAGCUCUCAAGCAGAUUCAUACUUUACAAUAAGAAGAACAGGUAUUUAUUUGGUUAAACUAAUAUUUGCAAAAGUGAUUAAAUACAACUUAAAAAACUAACAAAAGGAUCUGAUUAUUACUUAAAAAAGCUUAGUUGUUAAUUUGAAAGUAAAUAAAAAUCAAUAUACAAAAACUAGUAAGUAGUUCAAGCUAGUUACAACUUGUAAAAGAAAAUAUAUCUAUGUGUGUAUUUUUAAGUACAUACUGACAUUUAAAUAAAUAAUAAGAGUUUUUAACGCUUCUUACAAAUUUUAUAGAUUACCUCAUUCUAUAAAAUAAAAAUGAUACUAUUAAAUAGAAUGUAUAGAUUUAAUGAUCAAGAUAAUGUGUAAAAUUAAAAUUUACUAAUGGAAUGAAUAAUAGAUUAGGUUUUAUAUCCUGUUCUUCUGGAAUAUAAAAUCUUGAAAUCCAAAGAUGGUCCUAGCAGAAUAUGACAGUGCUCACAUUGUCUAAAGAAGACCUCCUAGUACUAGAUGUUUCUAAAAUAUAUUUUAAACUUCAGUGAUUGAAUACAACAAAGCAAAAGUAGUUUCUAAACAUUAAAAGAAAAAUAAAGAAACACUUCAGGAAACUACACACUUUUAUGUAUGUCCUAUGAAAAAUCUGUAUUAAUACUAAUAAUAAAGUGAAUUUAAAUAAACUACACAUAACUGUCAUUGUAAUAAAAAUGUAAGAAACGAAACAUUAAAAUUUUAUUUGGUAGUGUUAAGAUUGAAGGGUAACUCGAUUCAGUGGAUGUUGUACGUAAAUUUUAGCUAUCCUCAGGUAUGUUUCUGUGUUGUUUCACACAUCAUAAAAAGUGAUAGUGAAAGGUAUUUUAUUUGAUAUUUUUCAUUAAUAAUUUUGGUCGUGAAAGUCUGAGUGAAAGUUGAAUGAAUGGAGUAUGCAUGAUAUACACGACAGGAUAUGUGAUAGGGGCCAAGAAGUACUUACACAAUAGACAUUCCUGUGACCUGUAAUAUUUAGUUCCAUCAUACAUACUAUAAUAAUCUGAGCACAUAUAGAUCAAAAUGAUACACUAAUUAAGUGUUGAUCAACAACACAGUUGUGUGAGUCACAUGGGUUUGUUCCAAAGAUGUGCUUUUGUUUGUGCAUGGCCCCUACACUGUAUUCUAACAAUCUUGUCAAACUACGAGUAUAUGUCCUUUUUCAUGUAUCUGUAUCUGUUACAAUUCACCUAACCAAAGUAUAUCCAAGUGAUGCGCUCAAGUGUUACCGUAUAGUUGUAUUUAGCUGUACCAGGUUUAAUAUUUACAGUGUAGAGUAUACAUUAGUGAUAAUAAAGGUGACUUGAAUUACUGUUUUAAUAUUUACGUUGGUAUGUAAGUCUUCUUUUACACCGGUGUGUAAAUCUUUUUACAUCUUGUUAGUAUGAAAGCAAGAAUACUUUUGGCUUUGGUCAUGUUUAUUGCAUUUUUAAUUUUUAAUAACAUUAUUUGGGUGUCAUACAUUAAAAAAAUAUUCAAGUUUUUUUACAAGAAGAUAGCUUUAUUUAUUUUUAUUAUUUCACAGCGGGUCUACACUGAGUGAUUUUGGCUAUUGUUUCUAAGCCUGGCACAGUGAAGCAUCUACCACAGUUAACUUAUUAAAAAAAACUUUGAUUUUCAUUUUUAGAUAAUAAUAAAACUAAAAACAAAAUUUUCAUUGAAAACCCACAUAUUCUGAAUACGAAAAGCUUAACAGCAUUAAUAAAUAGCUUCAUAAUUACUUGAAUGUAUUGUUCAGUAUUAUGGGGGGACAUAAGCUUUGCUUGAAUCAGCACUAAUAAAAUCACAUAUAUUGUUUAAAAAAAAGUAAUUAAUACAAUUUAAUACAAGUUUCAAGUAAGUUCAGCAAUGUGUUCUGUGUUAUGGGGAAUUGAGCUCUGCUUGAACCUUAGUCAGCAGUAAUGAAAACUCAUGUUUUGUUAACGUAAAAAGCUAAUCAGCAUUAAUAAAAAAAACAUCAGAGCCAGAUUCUUAAAGAACAUGCAUUAAGACAUACUUGCUUUUUCAACUAACACACAAUUUGCCCACAUAAUACUAUACAUUGGAGUGUGGAAAUUCAUUUGAUUGUACAUGGUGGUCAGUAAGUAGAUUGCAAUAUUCAAGAAGUAGUUUAGAAUAAAUCAUUCAUUAUAUAGACCCCAAAUCAGCUAGGUCUGGUAGACUGGUGCUAAUCUAUAUGUAUGGCUGUUUUAUCUAUCCCUGGAAUUGAAGGCAUUUUUGUAAUAUACUUUAAAACAGACUUUUAACCACUUAUGAAAAUUUAGUCUAACAACUGUACAUUCUGAAACAUAUAAUAGAACAGUCUUUUUGCACUGUCAAAACUAUAUAUUUUUAUAAAACAUGUUUUGUGUACAAACAAAUAUUUUUGAGAUUUUUUGUUCAACGAAUACAUUUUUAUUUAAAUAAAUAUCAAUUGCACCUAAUGAUCGAAAAACAUUUUAUUUCUUCAGACCUGAUUUUAAAGUAACUGUACUUGUCCACAUAGUUAUAAAAUUAGAAGCUAGAUAAUAAAAAAUGGCAUAGAGGUAAUUUUUUUAAUAAAAGUAUGAUAUAUCAACAAUGUUUAAUAUUAAUCUUGUAUAGUUAAUAAAACUCAUACUAUUAUUACUUUGGAAACUGUUAACAUGAAAACAGUAAUAGAUAUAAUUUUAACUAAUUUUAGUUACAGAAUUUUAAUAAAUAAAACUGCUUGGAGAUAACUUUCAAAGCGUCCAAUGGAUUCGACAUUGGCUCUUUAAGUUAAAAAUGCAUCAUCUAAUAGACCAGACACUUGUGCUGAAAGGGAUAACCUUAAUUUUAACUACUGAGAAAAGCAGUCCCAGUUGAAAAUUUGUGUUUUAAUAUGAUUUAGGAAUCCCUUUUUAAAUCCUGCAUAAUUGAGUAAGAAAAACAGUUGGUUUUUUCAACAAAUUUGUUUAUACUUUAUAUCUACAGAAAAAAAUAAAAGAGGUUGCAGUGGCAAAGAUUCUCUCCCUUCCCCCUCUCAUGUAGUAAGAAUAGAGAAUGUUCAAACCUAACACUCUAGCAAACACCAGAUAUCUUUCAUUUAACAAGCAUUUAUAUUUUUCUAAUAAUAAUAAUAAUAUUAUUUUCCUGAUUUUCUUAGUUUACAAUAAGAAUAAUUUAACAGAAGAACAAUUAAUCAAAUAAUGUCAGUUUUAAAUUGAUUCUUGUUAAAUACUUUCCUCUUGGAGAACAUAGCAAAAAACUAUUUAUCUUAUGAUUUAUAUGUAAAGAUAUGACAGUAAAAUUUCUUUAAAAAUACUUAUACGGAACAUUGCAAUAUUUCCUAAUUUUCUACACGAAAUUUUAAGCAUUGACGAGUUUUGCAUGAGCUAGCGGAAAGUUCAAGAUAAGUCUUACCUUGGCUUGGUCCUAGGAACUGUAAAUGAUUAUAAAAAAUGUUAAAAGAAGAGAAAAGAAUUGACUGGAAGAGGUUGGUACUCACAUUACUGGUCCCUUUUAAUUCACCUACUCACAGUUGUGGGAUAGAUAAAUAAACUGCCUAAAGCUGACUCCAUGUGGUUUUUAUAACUCUUGUGGUCAUCUUGUUCCAACUUCUAAAAUUGUGCUGUCCCAGGAAAUCCUAGCCAUGCCAUGAUUCUCUAAGCAGCCAAGCUCUGACGUCUUAACUUACUAAAACUUGUGUUAUGACACAAUCAUAUUCCAUGUAAAAUGGUUGUAUAAUGUUUUAACUUGAACAAUGUAUAGGUUUAAAGUACUUUCAGUACCAAUAUUAAUAUUUAGUGUUAAGUCACUAAUCUCAUUUUCAAAAAGUAUGUAACUUUGAUGCUUAAAUAGGUGAACAUUACAUUUUUAAAUGUUUCAUCAAAUUUUAAUCAUGUUCUGUACUGACGCACUGUAAAAGUGGUUUUAUAGACAAUAUAGAUCCCUGAAUAAAAAUAUCACAAUUUCAGUACCUGAUUUGAGUAUUUUAUAUUUUUAAUGUAAUCUUGCCCUAACUAUGUUAUACAAAAAAUAAUAUAUCAGUGAAAUUUCUGUAAUUUAUUUUGUAUUAUAUAGUUAACUAUUAUGUAUGAAUUAAAGUUUAAUCAAAAGCAUUAACGAAAAGAAAUGCAUAUUACCAACAGUUGGAAAAAAUAUGUUUAGUUAAUUUUAAACAGCAAGUACUUUUAAUUGAAUAUGUAAGAAAAAGAUUUCUAACUUCAGAAAUAAUUAUUAAAUAAUUUAACAUUAUGGUUUUGAAAGACUUUAAUUUUAGUUAGACACAAAGUAACAGAAUCAAACCGUUCAUUGUAAUCAAAUAUAUGUUAAUUUGUUUUGUAUUAUGUUGUAUUAAAUAUGAAGUUUAAACGUC